AUGGAUCUUCCCUUCAACUUCAUUGGCUUCUUUGUUUUACUAUCGUUUGUUUGGAUUUUAGUCAAGGAGUGGAAGAGCUUCAAAGCAGCUCAGAAGCUGCCACCAUCUCCAUGGAAGCUACCUUUGAUUGGAAAUAUGCAUCAUCUGAUAGGUUCCCCACCCCAACAUGCUCUCAGAAGAUUAGCUCAGAAACAUGGAUCCCUUAUGCACCUUCAGCUUGGUGAAAUUUCGUCAAUCGUCAUAUCAUCCCCACGCUUAGCAGAAGAGGUCAUGAAAAAUCAUGAUCUUGCCUUCGCAAGCAGGGCUGAGAUUCUAGUAACCAAGAUCGGAAGAUAUAACUGUUCAGAUGUUGUUUCCUCACCAUAUGGUGAAUACUGGAGACAAAUGCGUAAAAUCUGCACUCUAGAGCUCCUUAGUGCUAAACGUGUCCGAUCGUUUGGCUCUGUUCGAAAAGAUGAGGCUUUUCAUCUUAUUUCAUCAAUCAAGGCUUUGGUUGGCUCUGGGGAACAAAUCAAUUUGUCAGAAUUAGUUUCCUUGUACACAAGUUCCGUGCUUUGCAGAGCAGCAUUUGGGAAAGUAAGCAAAGAUGACCAAAAUGCAUUCUUGCAACUGAUCAAGGAAUCACUACUCCUAUCAAGCGCUUUUGACUUCUCUGAUCUCUUUCCAUCACUCAAAAUUCUUCAUCCCCUCCUUUCAGUAAAGUCUAAAAUGGUGAAUGUCCAUCAUAUGAUAGAUAUGAUGUUGGAUGGCAUAAUUGAUCAGCAUAUUGACGACCAAGGUAGACCAAAAUUGGCAAGUGGUGAAUCCUACCAGGAAGAUUUAAUUGAUGUUCUACUACGACUAAAAGAUGGUGAUAACCUUCAGGUUCCAAUCACCAAAGAUAACAUCAAAGCUGUUCUAAUUGAUAUGUUCGCAGGAGGAACUGAAACUUCGUCAACUACGGUGGAAUGGGCAAUGUCUGAGAUGAUUAGGAGUCCUGAUGUGAUGGCCAAGGCGCAAAAUGAAAUAAGGAAAGCUUUAAAGGGCAAACAAGCAGUUGAAGAAACUGAUAUCCAGCAAGCGAGAUACCUGAAGUUAGUGAUUAAAGAAACUUUAAGGUUACACCCUCCUCUUCCCCAAUUGGUUCCCAGAGAAUGCAGGGAGGAAUGUGAACUUCAUGGAUAUGUCAUCCCUGUGAAAACACGAGUUAUGAUUAAUGCUUGGGCAAUUGGAAGAGACCCUGAGUAUUGGGAUGAUGCUGAUAGUUUCAAACCUGAGAGGUUUGAAAACAGUGCUGCUGAUUUCACGGGAACUCACUUUGAGUAUCUUCCAUUUGGUGCAGGAAGGAGGAUGUGCCCAGGAAUUUCAUUUGGUUUAGCCAAUGUUGAGCUUCCUUUAGCUCUUCUGCUCUAUCAUUUUGAUUGGCAACUUCCGAAUGGCCUCAACUCCAAUGAUUUGGAUAUGACAGAGGCCAUUGGAAUAACUGCAUCAAGAAAAAAUAACCUUUGGUUGCAAGCCAGAUUCGCAGAUGAAUUGUGA